GAGAUAUAUAAAAAUAUCAAUUGUCGCGAUAAAAGUGUGAAUAAUAAAUGUUUGGUAUUGAAACUACGUAAUAGGUUGGCCAGUGACGUCAUUUCGCGAGUUACAACAGAGCGUCAUCGGCUAGUCUAUUGUGGAAAAUUUACCAAAUCAAGUUGAAUUUCAAUUUAUCCAGAAAUUAAAAGAAGUCAGGAUGUCGAUGCAGCAGUUUUGCCUACGUUGGAACAAUCACCAACCUAAUUUCAUAUCGGUUUUUUCAAACUUACUCAACAACGAGACAUUGGUCGACGUUACGCUGGCAGCUGAAGGGCAACACCUCCAAGCACAUAAAGUUGUACUCUCGGCUUGCAGUACAUACUUUCAGUCGUUGUUUACCGUUAAUCCUUGUCAACACCCGGUCGUUAUACUGAAAGAUGUCAUGUUCUCAGAUCUUAAGAUCAUGGUAGAUUUUAUGUAUUACGGGGAAGUGAAUGUAUCCCAAGACCAACUACCAUCCAUCAUCAAGACUGCCGAGAGUUUGAAGAUCAAAGGACUUGCCGAAAUGCAUACCGCAUCUGUAACCAAGUGGCCCAGUGGAAGUAGCGAGCCAGGUCGAGGGGAUCGGGGUGAAUCUUGUUCGCCGAGUCCAUCUCCACUGUCUCCUUCGCGACGACGAAAACGCUUGAGAAAGACAUCUACUGGAUCUACAUCAGGCUCUGGGGAAAAGUCUGAAGAAAUAAACGAAAUUACUUUGGUGGCAACCAACAUCGUGAAACCGGAGCCAGCGAUUGUUCCUCAGGAAGGCAGCGAACACAUGCGUCGGCCUCUAAACGCUAGCAACGAAUCACAAGGGAGCAUUGACGAAGACCAGAUAUCAAUUAUGAGUAACAUGGAGAGCAGUUCAGCGACAACACCAGCACAAAGCGAAGGAUCGAUGCAAGAUAUCAGUCAACAAUCCGGGGCCAAUGCCGCGCAGACGUCUGCUGUGUCUCAACCGCCAGCCCAUCAAGGAUUGCAAUGGACAAUAAUGGAGCAUACAUAUCCACGUUUUGCUCUGUCGUCAUGUCAAACGAAUCUGUCGAUCCAAGCACCAUCAGCUUUUACGACACCUGAAAUAACAACGCCGCCACCGAUCAGUGGUCAGUACUCAACUACAAGCACGACUGCAUCUAGCUGCGCUCUGACCAACUAUUCAAACUCUUCUCAUUCAACGGUUCAACACUCCUCAGGCGUGACGACCCCACCGGCGCCGUGUACGACAAACUGCCAAAGUCCCUGCGCUAGCCCACAAACGGCAAACAAAAGAAAAAGAUCAACAAAUCCGCAAGCUGAUGAAAAUUUUAUUAAAGCUCUCGACGCCGUACGGUACGGAGGGAUAGGUUUUUGCAAGGCAGCACGUAUGUUUGGUGUUAAUAAUCGAACUCUUUGGCUCGAAUAUAAGAAGCGAGGAUACCCUAACAAUCGACCGAGUGUUAAAUCAAGAGUUAAACAAGAAGUUAACGCCUCACCGCCACCGGCUCAAUUGAGCCAACACAUCAAUUCGCAAAGCCCUUCUCCUAUGGGACCUCCGUCAACGCCACAUAGUGCUCUCAAUGCUCACACAACGCAUACAAUGCACAUGGCUCAUACACCUCAUACAAUGUUGAGCGGUUAUUUAGACAACCGACACAGCGAUUUUGCUCUUCAAAGUACAGCUAUGCCCAUCAAUUUACACGGUGUCAAUUAUAAUUCCAUGUGAACUGCAGAGCUGCAUUCGGACAACAAAAAUCAAUAUUAUAAUUACUAAAACUCAAACAGUCUAAUUCCGUUUCAUAAAUUCAAUUUUAUUUCGUUGACUAAACUGCUCAUGGCAAUGUCUUUGUAUGUACUUAUGCUGUUUUCAAUUAAAAAAUUCAUACCACGUGACAAAAAAAUUGAAGAACAACAGUAUACAUUUAAAUGAAACUACUUUUCUAAAUAAAUCCAUUCGCUUGAAUCACUUCUAGUCUGUAUUCAGUAACACGCCUAUCUUCUUGAUCGAUAUUUUGAAUUAACCGCAUGAUGACCUGAUAUUCUAUAAAGCUGUCGAUUGAAACCUUAACUUUCACUGCAAUGGAAGAAAAAUUAGAAAAAAAGAGCCUUGUUGUCUGUUGGUUAACCCUACCGUAAAGUAUAUUAGAAUUAAAUUGGUAUGAUUACCAUCCAUAUCUUUUUAAUACCUUCCAACAACAACUAGUACUUUUGAGACAUAAUCAUUGGCGAAAAAUCAUUUUUGGCUGAUAGUUGUCAAGAUUAAUUAAUGGUUCUGAUGAUUUCAUCGAACCUUUAAAUUUGAAGCACAUGAUUAUUUUGUGAACUGCGAUAAUCUUGUCAUACUUAUAACACAAAGCCUAAUAUCUUGAGCUAUACAAAUAAAUUUCUAAUUGUUGUCGGUACCUAAUUGAUGGAAAAAAGAGAAAAGCGUGUACCGUCUUGUUUUUUUUCUCGUUUGUUUAUUUCUAUGACUACAUUAUUGAUUAUUACUUACCACUGUUGAAUUAGGUAUAUUUUUCAAACUUCCUUUUUAAACCAGAAAUAAAAAAAUUAAGAAACCAACCAGUAAACCAAAACUACUGAAAAUUUUUAAUGUAAAAUUACUAUUGUACUUACGUGCUUAGUUGUAUCGUUAGAUUUGGUAAUCUUGGAGAAGAAAAAAUGAAUAAAUAAAGUAGAAUGUAUUAUAAUCUUACGCACACAAUCAAUGGUUAUUUUUGGGUAGCUAUAUUUUAAAAAAUAUAAUAUUAUUCGAUUCAUAGCUACGAGUUUUUAUACACAUUACAAAUACCCAAACCCGCGAUGAAUUUUUUGCGCUCAACGAUAAAUCAUGUGUGAUCUGCGAUAACAUAAAAAUUCAUGAUCAAUAAUCUGUAUACAUUUCUCAACCAUCAGUAAAAUUACAUAUAAUGUAAACUAACAUUCCAUUCCUCAUCGCCACGACUCACAAUGAUACAAAAAGUUUGUACGUUGUGCUUCAAUAAAUUAAAAAUAUAGCAUCCAAAAUUACCGCUGAAUAUCGGUCCUGGACAAAUAGUAUUUCAAGAACCUAAAAAAGAAAAAAAAAAUUAACAUAUAAAGAAUGAAAACAAAAUCUAUGCAACACAGGUGUAUAUUCUCUAGAUGCUAUUUAUUAAAAUUGUGUAAAUAGUUUUUAACAAAGUCGGUAACACAAAACUUUCAUCAAUGAAUGAUAAAAUUAAUAAUAAUAAUAUAAUAAUAAUGAUAGUAAUAAUAGUAAUACAAUUCUAGGACGUCUUUGUACGUAUAUUAGGUAUAUAUAUACAAUAUACAUAUAUAUUAGCUACAUGUAGUAUAAAUUUUAAUUGUUCAAUAAUAAUUAUCAAUGUUCACUAAUUAUUGAUAAAAAAAACACGAAAAAAACAAACAAAAAAAAGAAAUUUGUUAUUCAGAGUAGUAUUUAGUAGUAUGUAGAUCUGGUAAAUAAUUAGUUGUUAGAAUUUUUGUGCAAAUGUGAAGCAAGAGUAAAAAAAACGCAAAAAAAAAUUAUGGCAGGAUUUUGCUUAUCAUAUUUAGAGCAAUAAAAAAUAAACAUAAUUAUUUACUUGACAAUGAGA